CACCCGCCGCCCUCUCCCCACAGCAGGGUCUACCUGGACCACAACGCCACCACCCCGCUGGCCCCUGAGGUGGCCCAGGCCGCGCGGGACGCCAUGCAGCAGGCCUGGGGCAACCCCAGCAGCUCCCACCCCGCAGGCAGGAAGGCGAAGGAGCUCAUCGGCAGCGCCCGAGAAAGCCUGGCGAGGAUGGUGGGAGGCCGGCCAGAAGACAUCAUCUUUACCUCAGGGGGCACGGAGGCCAACAACAUGGUGAUCCACACCGCCUGCAGGCACUUCUCCUGCGGGAGCCAGGCCAGGCUGGGGGACGGCCGAGGGAUGCCACACAUUGUGACGUCGAGCGUGGAGCACGACUCUAUCCGCCUGCCCCUGGAGCAGCUGGCGAAGGAGAAUCUAGUGGAAGCCACCUUUGUGGCUGUGUCCCCACGAAGCGGGCGGGCUGAGGUGGAUGAUGUCCUCGCCGCCGUCCGGCCGACCACCUGCCUGGUGUCCAUCAUGUUGGCCAAUAACGAGACUGGGGUCAUCAUGCCUGUUGCAGAGCUGAGCCAGCGCGUCCGUGCCCUCAAUCAGCGGAGAGAGGCGGAGGGGCUGCCCAGGAUCCUGGUGCACACGGACGCGGCGCAGAUGAUCGGCAAGGGGCGCGUGGACGUGCAGGAGCUGGGGGUGGACUACCUCACCAUCGUGGGACACAAGUUCUAUGGCCCGCGGAUCGGCGCGCUGUACGUGCGUGGCCCCGGCACCACCACCCCACUGCACCCCAUGCUCUACGGAGGGGGACAGGAGAGGACUUUCCGACCAGGCACCGAGAACACCCCAAUGAUCGCUGCCCUCGGCCAGGCUGCAGAGUUAGUGAGCAAGAACUGGGAGGCCUACGAGGCUCAUAUGCGGGAUGUUCGGGAUUACCUGGAGGCCAGACUGGAGGCCUCCUUUGGGAAGCAGAAGAUCCACCUCAACAGCCACUUUAUGGGCUCUAAGCGACUCUGCAACACCACUAACGUCUCCAUCCUGGGCCCAGGCCUUCAAGGACGGAGGGUGCUGUCGUGCUGCAAGACCCUUCUCGCCAGCGUCGGGGCUGCCUGCCACUCUGAGAAGGGGGAUCGGCCCUCUGCCAUCCUCCUCAGCUGUGGGAUCCCCUACGAGGUGGCGCAGAACGCCCUGCGGCUGAGCGUGGGGCGAGACACCACCCGGGCAGACGUGGACCUGGUCGUGCAGGACCUGGUGCAGGCUGUGGCACAGCUGGACCAGCACCAAGCCCCGUAGGCCCCCAGGAGUCACCAUUCCCAGCCACCACCCAGGUUCUCAAGAUGGGAUUGUGCACCUUCUUGGCCUCUGGGUGCUGGCUGCCUGUGUGGGAUCACCCGUUUUUGGCAGUGGUGUGCUCUGGGGUCUGCUUGGUUUUAUGUCAGUUUGUGCUCACAGGGAUCGUGGUGGGGCUGGCACAGCUUUGCAGCUCGGGCAGAGAAUCAUAGGAUCAUUACGGUUGGAAAAGACCUUUAAAAUCAUCAAAUGGAUGCUGGAGGUGGAUGGGAGCUGCGCUGAGGAGGGGGCUUGGCUGCUUUUGGGGCUGGGGCACCUUGUCAAGAGCUUGCUCAGGACUCUGUCGUCCCCACUGCAUGGCGUGGGCCUUCAGGGGGACUUGCUGUUGGGUGCUCCUCGCUUGCCAGCACGUACCCAGCUGGCUGUGUGCACGUUGGCAUGAUGGAGUUCAAAGCUUGGCUCCCUCUGGAGCAUAACAGGCGUGGAAGCUAUAGGAGAUGGAGCCUUCUGCCCUGGUUCCUUUCCACGAAGGAAGCUUUCCCACUGUCUUAUCCCUCAGAGGAGGAAAGACCACCUGCCCCAGAGGGAAACGAGUUGAUAGAGGCACAGCAAGAAGCUGGGCUGGGAACUGCCCUGUCCCUGCCAAGGCCUGAAGCUGCCAAAAAGGGCUUUUUGGCUGGGAGGGCAUUGGGCACGGCUUUCCCAGCACAGCGUUGUGUCACUUGCUCCCCUUCCUCCCGUCCUUCCUACAGGGCAGAGCUCCUGUUGCCAGCUCCACGUGCUCCUAAAGGAAACAGUUGUCACAGCAGCCCUAACUGUGCCAGCACCCGAGGAAACGUGUCUCCCCUGUG